AUGAAUGUCAAAGGCUUAUCAGGACAUAGUCUCAUAGGUGAAGGGUUCUACAACGUUUAUUAUGCUUCGAAAAACUUAUUUUCUAGACAAAUGAAAGGUGAACACAUCGAUUACUGUUUAUUCGGCGUUCUCCCUGCAGCGAUUGAACAAGAUAUCCUCAUCGCCUGUGCCCCACGCUCUACUCUCGUAUCCUCUCAAGGCGGUUCGCACGAGCCAGGUCAUGUCACUGCAGAGAACUCGCAAAUGAAAUACGCUCCACAGACUUUUGCACCAUCACAGAAACGGCGAGGAAGUGUCACGGAAGGCCAAAUAAACAUCGAGGAAUGGCAUUUGGACAUCAACAAGAAGGAAUUGAGAUGGGAGAGCUAUGUCAAGGCGGGAUACUAUGGAGUCUUGAACACUUAUUUCAGCGGCGAUCCAUCCUCUCUCCCAGUACCUGUGGAUCUGCUCGUUACAGGAGCGGUGCCUGCAGGUUCAGGUUUAUCUUCUAGCGCAGCAAUGGUAGUUGCCAGCACCUUAACCUUUCUAGCAGUCAACGGAAAGCUAGAUGCAAACUCGACGGCUACCGAAAACUCAAAGAAGAUAAGCAAAGGCGAUUUGGUAAGAAUGGCAGUUGCAAACGAGUAUCGUGUCGGUGUAAAUUCGGGCGGUAUGGAUCAAGCCGCUUCUGUCAUUUCAAAUUCUUCAGCUGCGCUUUACAUCUCAUUCUUCCCUAAGCUGGAUGCUUCUCCUGCUCCCCUUCCCCCUGGAGCGGUAUUCGUUUGUGCCAAUUCACUGGUUGUUUCCGACAAAGCCGUAACCGCGAAAACCAAUUACAACUUACGAGUUGUGGAGACACUUGCCGCUGCACGGAUUUUGGCUCGACAUCUCAACUUGCCCAUCGAAAAAGACGAAAAAAUUCAGCUUCGAGAGGUCGUAGGCAGGAUGGUUGGUGAGGUUAAGGAAGAAGGCGAGAUGCCUGUAGAGAGAUUAAUCGAAGCUUUGAAGAGGAUGGAUGGUGAACUGGAUGUAUUGAAACCAACCAGGGAAUCCGCCGACGGACAACUCGGGGUCACGCUCGAUGAGAUGAUAGAGAAGUCGGGUUUAUCCAAGGAAAACUUCCAUGACGUGUAUCUAUCAUGGGUCGAAGUUGAAGCUACACACUUCCAGCUCUUUAAGAGAGCCAAACAUGUGUUCUCAGAGGCAUUACGCGUCCUCGAAUUCCGGCAGACUUGCCUUGAUGCUACUGCCAAUCCUUCGUUUUCACCGUUAGAUGUCAUCAAACGAUUAGGCGAUCUCAUGAACGAAUCUCAGAAGAGUUGCAAUGAGCUCUACCAGUGUUCCUGCCCCGAGUUGAACCAGCUCACGGCACUCGCAAGGGAAGCCGGCGCGUACGGGAGUCGAUUGACUGGAGCGGGUUGGGGAGGCUGCACUGUAUCAAUUGUUGCGGAGGAUAAAGUAGAGUCAUUUAUCAAGCAAGUCAGCGAAGCGUAUCCAUUAUACAAAACCCUGAAGGGAGAUGCCUUGAAGGAGGCGAUUUUCGCAACCAAACCUAGCAGCGGCGCGUGUGUGUUCAAAUUCGAAGAUUGA